CUCCGUUGCGAUCUUCCAUGCCCGUGCUAUCUCGAGCUUUUGCGUGACGGACGACAGUCUCCCUGCCGAUAGCCUCAAGAGUGCGUCAACCUUCUUCCGACUCGAUUGAUCUUCAGCGGUGCCCGUCAUCUCUGAGGAACUCGAAUCGUGUGGGAAAAAGCAGCGCAUAUCUGUGAGGAAGUGGUAGCGGUGACUAGCGUUUCCAGUGGAAAAGCGACGGAUACCAAGUGGUUCGGUGACGAGUGCUUCAAGGAUGAAGGGUCUUGUCAACGUGUUGCGUUGGACUGUCACCAUGUGGGUGGCAGUCGGUGUAGGGGUGUUGUGGUGUGUGGUAGGCGUCGCGAGCGACGCUGAUCCUGCACCUGCUGCAGCUCCUGCAGUGGUGAUUGAUUUCGGGUCGUGUGGGGUGUUUAACCCUGCGUCGUCGGCCACGGCGGUGUCGUACUGGGACCAAGCCGACAAGUGUGGAGCUUGUUUGGCGACGUCUGGGUGCGGUUUCUGCCACUCGACGAUGCAGUGUUUGCCAGGCACGGCGGCGGGUCCUUCUGUGGCGGUGCCUUGCCCGGAUUGGCUAUUUGCUGAUGCGGCAACAUGCCCCCAGAAUGCGACACUGUGACCUACUGGUGGACUGCACCAGUUGUGCCGUUGCCGACUCGUGUGCGUGGUGCGCGUCCAAGUCCUUGUGUCUCACGGUCGAGGAUACGUACACAGCCGCUUGCCGUGGAACGGUGUUUGACCCCCCUUGCCCGGCCACUUUUGUGGCCGACAACCAAGUGGUGGGCAACUUGGCCGUGGUCGCAGACCCGGUGUUUGGGGGUGGCAGUCUUUCAGUGGAAGGCACGCGUCCCCUCGAUAAGAAUUCCUACCGCACGUCGGUAGAUGCGACUGGCGUGUCUGUGGACUCGGCCGGGUCGAUCGACUUGAAGGCUGGCGAUGCGACGACGAUGAACGUGUACGGCCAUUCUGUGAACAUUGAAGCUGGCAGUGGUACGAGCUUGAACCGCGGACGAGGUGGGUCUGUCUUGCUUGCUGCCGGCGUCGGACACGGCGUCGAGCGUCAAGGUGGAUCUGGUGUCGGUGGGGACGUCACUGUUAGCGGUGGCGAGUCCAAGGAAGCAACUGGCGGGAACGUCAAGUUGAUUGGUGGUUCGUCGACUUUAAUCGGCGGGGCAAUUUUGAUUUCGUCGGGUGGAUCGUCGACUGGUAGCAGUGGCCCUGUAACAAUGUCGACCGGGCCCGCUCCCCUUCACAGUGGCCCUGUCGUUUUGAAGACAGGCACGUCGUCUUCCAGUGGUCCCGUUUUCAUUUCGACGGGGGACGCUAGCAUUGCUGGCGCAAUCGCGAUGCAGCCCGGAGAAUCGUCGGCGAUUGGUUCUGUCGGGUCCAAGAUUACGCUAGCGGGUGGGUCGUCGACGUCUGCGACGGGGGGUACGAUCAAGUUGACUUCUGGUGAGUCGGCUCGUACAACGAGCGGAGACAUCUCGGUGCUUUCGUCGAGUGCCCCGAUUCAGUCGGGAAAUGUAUUGUUGGGUACCGGCACUGCUGCAAAGGGAGUGUCUGGGUCCGUGUAUGUCGCCACCGGUGCCACAUCGGACGAUUCGAAGAAGGCGGCAGGCGACAUUGUGCUUGUCAUUGGUGAAGAUAGCGGCGCGCUCCAAAGCGGAUCGGUGAUUGCGACGGGUGGACCGACCAAAGGAGGCGCGGCCGGCGGAAUCCAAUUGUCUGGCGGCGACAUCAUGGCGGAAUCUGUCGACACUACUUCCCGCGGUGGUGUCGUUGACAUUCGAGGGGGAAGUUCCAAGACAUGUGAGCCCACCAGCCGGGGAGGCAAUGUGCGUAUUGAAGGCGGUAGUGCGUUGGCUGGAGCCGGAGGGGGCAUUGCGUUCACGUCUGGUCGAUCUGAAGCCAGCAACAGUGGAGAUGUUCGCAUCAAUACUGCGGUCGCCCAAACUGACAGCGGUGUCGUCAGCAUUAGCUCCGGUGCCUCUACGUUUUCCCAGUCUGGCGACGUGACACUGACCACGGGCGAUGCGUUGCAAGGCAAAGCUGGAUUUGUGAAGAUCCAAACGGGGUUGAGCCAAGGCGGUGCUGCAUCGGACAUCACCCUCAAUUCUGGCGCGAGCACGUCCUUGACCGGGGGAAAUAUCGUGCUGGAAACCGGCAAAUCUGGGACUGCGGCCAGUGGAGAUAUCAAGAUUGGGUCCGCCAACUCGGCCGCAUCUGGUGCAUUGACGUUUUCGUCCGGAAAUGCCCAAGACGGCUCCAGUGGAUCCAUUCGUUUGAGCACGGGCGACUCGGUUUCAGGCACUGUGGGCAACAUCGAAGUUGCUGCCGGCACGGGCAAGCAAUCAAUCGUGUCCAUCAAGGUUCUUGGCGGUACCACCAAUGCCGCCAACUCCCAAGGUGGUAACGUGUCGAACGAGCUUGUCGACCGCCUGCAGCUCCUGAACGUGCAGCAAACCCAAACCGACGACGACGACCCGUCCGCGCUCCCGCCGCCGCUACAGAUCCAAUACCAAGAACCACUGCCGCUCGCCGACUUUUUUGCCGCUAUUGACGAGCAUUUUGGCGUGAGUUGAACCUAGCCAGCCACCACUUGCUUGGACAUGGUGACCUGAUGCAGUCGGUCGUGGCGUGUAGUGUCGGAAAGAAUCGGAAGAGUUGCAAGCCGAACUGAAUGACCGCGCGCACCAGUUCCGCGUGAUCCAAAAGCGCCUCUUGGUGCGGUACAAGGACCGAAACCCGUCGCCGCUCAACAGCCUCGAUAUGCUUCUCCACGGAACGUACUCCCAGAUUCUAGACCUCUCCAGACAAGUGGACCAAGUCCAAAGAAAGCUCAGUGUGUCGGGAAAUCGAUUGGCAUGCAGUGUGCAUUUGCUCCUGAUGCUCAUGCGGUAUAAGUUUGACCUGGACGACGACAACUUUGCCGUGCUCCAGUCACACUUGAGUCCUCGGGUGGCGGAUGCAUGGGAGGAGUCAACGGAAGCAGCAAUUACUGACUUGCUCAAGACAAGUCUCGCUAUGAAGAAAGAACCUGCUGCUGCUACUGUCGGGGUCCCAGUGGAAUUAGUGCUGCCCGAAGACACAAAGAAGCUCAAGAAGCACAUAACAAUCAUGUGCGACCGAUUGAGCAAAGGAGGUCGCUUGGUCGGUGGUGGCACUUUCCUCUCAGCAGCCGCAGACGGCAAGUCGAGCGAGGCCAACGAAGAUGGUGGCAAUGAAGACAAAGAUAGAGGCGCCACGCCUUAAUAUGUAGUAGACAACACUUCCUCCUACGAGCUGCAGCCCAUCACGGUAAGCGACAGACUCGUCAGCGACACCCCCACGUCGACGCUGCUUCAUGUCCAUGUGUAUCUGGGGGAAGUUGCGAUCUUUGUGACUUUUCAGCCAAUGAAACGUCGUUAUUGAAAAAUAUUAACCAAUCAAAGACCUG